GUGCAGGACGGCGACGCGGUGACGUGCUCGUGCGACCUGCCGCACACGCUGCGCUGCACCGGCGGCCCCGACACACUGCUCGAGGUGGCCGCCAAGCUGCGCGCGCUGCCGCCGCGCUACGUGUCGCUGCUGGACGCCACCGUGACGGGCGUCUCCGCGCUCGGCCCGCUGCUGGACGGCGUCGCCCUGCACGGCCUCGUCGUCUCCGGCGAGCUCAAGACCGUCGAGCCGCACGCGUUCUCGCGCCUGCUGCGCGACGGCACCGAGCCCCGCCUGCAGGCCCUGGGGCUGCCCGGCAACCUCCUUGACGCCGUGCCCGCCGCCGCGCUCGCCGCCCUCCCCGACCUCGACAGGCUGGACCUGUCGCACAACCGGCUGCGCUCCCUGCCCGUCGACGCCUUCCCCGGCCUCCGCAACCUGACGUUCCUGGACCUGAGCGACAACCAGCUGUCCGACAUCGCGGCGGGCGCCUUCCGCUCGCUGGAGGCGCUGCAGACCCUGCGCCUGACGGGCAACCGGCUGCGCGUGGCGCCGCUGUCGCUGUCGCUGCUGGACGGGCUGGACGGGCUGCGGUCGCUGCGGGAGCUGGACCUGAGCAGCAACCAGCUGGCCGGCACACUGGGCGCCGCCGCGCUGCCCCGGCUGGCCAACCUGCGCGCGCUCAACCUGGCCCACAACCAGCUGAGCUCGGUGCGGCGCGGCGCGCUGGCCGGGCUGCCGCAGCUCGCGUCGCUCGUGCUGGCGCACAACAUGGUGGACGUGCUGGAGGACCACGCGUUCCGGCACCUGGGGUCGCUGGCGUCGCUGGACCUGGCGCACAACCGCAUCGUGGCCGUGUCCGGGGCGUCCCUCGCGCACCUCGCGCGUCUGCGCUCGCUCGCGCUGCAGCACAACUUCCUGCGCGCGCUCACCGCCGACCUGCUGCGGCCCCUCGCCGCGCUGCAGGAGCUGCACCUGGACGACAACGACAUCUCCCAGGUCCCCGACGACGCCCUGUCGGCGCUGCGGAGCGCGCGCCUCACGAGGCUCACCCUCGCGGAGAACCCCCUGAACUGCGACUGCGCGUUGAGCCCGUUCGCCAGGUGGCUGCAGCUCAACGCCACCAAGCUGCCCGUCGCCGACAAGGCGACCGCCGUGUGCGCCGCGCCGCCGCACCUGGAGAACGGCCUGGCCGUGGACGCGGCCGAGGCGCUGUGCCAGGACGACCCCGCCAAGGCGCAGGCCGACGCCAGGGUCGCGCUGCGCGCCUUCGAGUUCGACGGCGUCCGGGUGUCGCUGCUGUGGCGCGUCAACGUCACGACCGCGCCCUACGUCUGCGACUCCCUGUUCGUCUACGAGGAGCACGCACCGUCCGGCGGUGGCGGCCACGAGGCGCUGGUGGAGAGCACGCCGCUGGGCUGCGACUCGUCGCAGCUGGCCGACCCGCGCUCCCUGCUGCUGUCCGUGGCCGUGGCCGGCGCCGUGGCCGCGCCCGUCUCGCCGGAGCCGCGCCUCGUGGCGGGCCGCCGGUACCGCUUCUGCCUCGUGCUGCUGGAGGGCGGCGGCGACCACGACGACCUGGCCCUGGUGGUUGGGUGCUCCGACGUGCUGCCCCUCGUCAAGACCGCGGCCGCCGUGGUGCCUCCGAUGGCGCCCUCCGUGGUGGCCGUGGGCUCCACGUCGGCGUCCACGUCCGCGCCGCGCAUUUCUGGGCUGUCCGCCAACGUGACCUCCACCGGCGGGCUGGCGGUGUGGGUGCAGAUGGCCGAGGCGCCCACGUCGUCGCCGUGCCGCUUGACGGUGACGGUGUUCGCGGGCGGCGCCCUGGCGGCGCAGGAGCGCCUCAACUGCUCCCUGCCCGGCACCAUCAUCACGGGGGUGGCCGGCGCGGGCGCGCUGCAGGCCGACGUCGAUGACGGCUACGCCGACCUGGACGUGGACGGCGACGAGGACGCCAAGGAGGGCGACGAGCUGGCCGGCGCCGACGAGUUCCCCCACCACGCCGUCGUCGUGCCCGGCCAGGGUACCCUCAUCUGCGGCGGCGCCCUGCUGCGCCCCGAGUGGGUGCUCACGUCGGCGCACUGCAUGGAGAAUGUCCGCACCACCUACGUGGGUCUGGCCGUCACCCGCCUGGACGGACGCGGCCAGGACGAGCAGUGGCAGCUGUCCGAGGAAAUCCACAUCAACGACCAGUACCGAGUGGGCGUCGUGGACCACGACAUCGCGCUGGUGCGCCUUCCCAAGCCCGCCACGUUGACCCCGUACGUCAAGACCAUCAGGCUGCCGGCUGCGACGGGCACUAGGACGAACGGUCGCGUUUUGAUGAGCGGGUUCGGCUCCAAGCCCGGGGGGCUGCUGCGCCGCGUCAGGGGGCGGCUGCUCACCAGCCAGCAGUGCAGCGCCCACUACGGGAACAUCGGCCGCGGCCACUUCUGCGCGCAGACUCCUCGCAGGGCGUACCAGACUUGCUACGGCGAUCUUGGCAGCGGUCUGGUGGCGUCCAACAAGGCGGUGCUCUUGGGGCUCGCUUCCGUGGCCAGGUGCAGCUGGAAGUCGCCCACGGUCUUCACGAGGGUCAGCGAGUACGUGCCGUGGAUCCUGCGCGUCAUGGGCGACGCCCCCGAGGCCACGACCGACGGCGACCUGGUGACGCUCUCCCGGCGGCUCCGGACCCUGGACCCCAGGCCAACCCCGCGGCCCGCGCAGCGGGUGCCGAUCUGGGCAUUCCCCGGCAACGCGCUGCCCCAACCCCAAGCACCCCAAGCACUCCAACCCCAAGCACCACAAGCACCUCAACCCCAAGCACCCUACCAGCUGCCACCACUGCCGCCUCCCUACCAGCAGGCCCCCGUUGCCCCGCCUGCCUACCAGUCACCCCCGUUCGAACACCCUUUCCAACUGCAGCCGCUCGCCACCGCCCCGCCUCCCUACCAACUGUCGCCUGCACUGUUCGCUGCCUCCGCCCCGCCACCCUUCCACUUGCCACCCUCGCCGCCGUCCGACGGUGUGCCGUCCGCUGGGUCCUUCGGGCAGCAGCCGGGCCGGCCGUACCAGUACGUGCCGAACCUAGCCGCGCUGGCAGGCCUGCAAGUGGAUCAGUACCCCGGCCCGGUGCCAGCCGUCGCACCUGCAUCGCCUUCAGCAGGGGCUGCUCCGGAACGCAAGCCGAGCAUGGCGGGCAUCCCCGGCCCGGUCAGGGAGUCGCACUACCUCGGUGCUUGGCCAGGCACCGGUUGA